AAGGAAAUUUGCUUGUUUUAAAGUCGCCCUUAAUUUUCUCCCCAAAAUCCCCCCCAAUAAAUACAAAGGCAAAUGCUAAGCUCACAAAGGAAUCUCAUUGAUGGGCCUUGAAGGACUGCAGCUUAGAAAGACUAGGUAUGCCUCGCCUCUGUUCUAGAACAACGAAACCUAUGAGUUCCUUUUAGGUAUAUCAUAGCUGUGGCCAGUUCCGAUCCUUACGGCCAAUCAAUUGGAGGCGUUUGGUUUGAAACAUCACAACCUCAGCCGGGGUCAUUGUUUUGACUUGCGGCCUCCAAGACCCUUUAGUCACGAUGAUUGGCUAUCACCAUUACCCCUAGCUCACCCCUGCUGUCUUUGCACAUCACCUCCGUUCUUGUACUAGCAAGAUAUGGGAAGGUUCAAGCACUUAUUCACUACGGUAUGUAUGAUCAGUAACGGACUCAGGGGCUUCGGGUGGCACCUGCUAGAUUGUCCAGUUACAUGUUAGGAGGAUCGGCUACUUACAUCCCUCUUCUUUUUAUUCACCACCCAAAUAAGUCUUGUUCGUGUCUGGCAACAUUUCACUCUUUUACUUUUCUGUAUAACGGGCAUUAUCCCUUUACUUUCUCAACAAUCACUUUCUUUAAACAAAAACAACCCCUAGCGGUUCCAUUCUUUCGUUCUAUUUUCGUUGCCAAACCACAAAGUCACCAUCUUCAGGCCGAGCCACAGAGACGAAGAUACGUGGACCAACACGAACAAUCGACCCAGUUUCUACAAAACCAAACAUCGUUCUUUUUCACAGGUUUGAAAAAGACGUCGAUCAAUUACUAUUUUUGCAACUCUAAGAUAACAACUUCAUCAACACCAACCACUAUCAUCAUGAAGGUUCAAGUCGCUUCCGCCGCCGGUCUCCUCUUGGCUGGUCAGGCUCUUGCCGCCCCCCGUGUCGUUCACGAAAUCCGUGAUGUGAAGACCGCGGCGGCCAUCAUUGCUGAGGUCGCACCCAGCACCGUAGACUGUGCUGCCGGGGGCGAGUGCGUCAAGUCCGACGUCAUCGGCCCCCUACUAGUACAGGCUAUGCAGCAGUACGGCAUCUACAACCCGGCUCAGAUGGCCGGUAUCAUCGCGCUCACGGCUUUCGAGUCCGUCGAGUACACUUUCAAGCACAACGUCUCCCCCGGCCGUCCCGGCCAGGGUACCUCGAACAUGCAGAUGUUCAAGUUCAACCUCAAGUACGCUAACUCCAUCCCGGAGCUCGCGGGCCAGGUUGCCGGCGUCGGCGAGGACGCCCCCGAUGACAAGAAGAACGAGGUCCUCUCCCUCGUCAACGACAACAAGUACAACUUCGGCAGCGGCCCUUGGUAUUUCAGCACCCAGUGCACUCCCGAUGUCCAGGAGGCCCUCAAGAAGGGCGACGACGCCGGCUUCGUGGCCUACAUGGGCUGCGUCGGUGUUACCGUCGACUCCAAGCGACAGGGCUACUGGGACGCCGCCAGGAAGGCCUUCGGCCUCAUGUAAGCGUACCAUGUAGGAACGAUGUAUGAGGCAUUGAAGUUGUCAGAUCAUACGGGCGUUUUGGGCAUUGCUUUCUUGCAUCAUCAUAGCAUCUAGUGGGGGAAAAUAGCGUCGUUGCUCUUUCAAGUUCGGUCUUAUUCUAUUCUCGUGUAUAUCAAUAUUUUACAAUUCGUUUAAAAAUUCCGUGGUCUGACAAUAUUCACUGGUCUGACAAUAUUUACCAGUUUUUCAUGAGUCCCUAAUGUGAUAUAAUUUGAGCCUAGUGUAAAUAUGUCAUGUCUGACCAAACUUUGGAAACUUGUAAUUGUCAUUUAGCGUUGACAUUUCUUUGUUAAUACUGUAUGGAUUAGCUGAUCUUCAUUCUAUCGUUCCUCCAUCUUAAGCUCAGACUAUAAAGCAAUACAUUUACUAAUGUCGUCUAUG